GAAAGAAGCUCUGAGCCAAUAAGGGGGAGGGGCGGGCACUGAGGGCUGGGUCACGUGACCGGAACAGGAAGCGGGAGCGUCGCUAUGACGGCGGCGCUGACGCAGGGGCUGGAGCGGGUGCCGGCCCAGGCCGGGUACCUCGUCAUCAGCGACGGCGCCGUGCUGGCGUCCUCGGGGGACCUGGAGAACGACGAGCACACGGCCACGGUGCUGCAGGGCCUGGUGGCCACGGCCCUGGGGCUGCGCCUGCCCCGCGGCCACGAGCCGCCCUUCCGCCGCCUCUCGGGUGAGGAACGGCCCCAAAACCGCCCCAAAUUACCCCAAAACUGCCCCAAAAUGGCCCCAUGGCCAUGAGCCGCCCUUCCGCCGCCUCUCGGUGGUGUUUGGCGAGCACUCCCUCCUCGUCACCGUCUCGGGACAGAAACUCUUCGUGGUCAAGCGCCACCACCACGUGCAGGAGCCGGUGGCCGUGUGAGAAAUGUCCCCAGAGUGUCCCCAAAUGUCCCCAGAGGAGGAGGAGGUGGCACCGCCGCCCCGUCCCCCCUCCUGCUGUCCCCAAAGUGUCCCCAAAUCCCCCCCGUGGGGACAAUAAACGGCGUCCGAGGGCGGC